GUUGGGCGAGGCAGGCAAGGCCGCUGCGUGCGCUCCAAAUUCUCUCUCGCAGAAGUCCCGCACGGCACGGCACCCGCACCCCCCUCUCAUCUCAUCAUCCCACCGCUUCAACAACCUCUCGAGACCUCUCGGCACGAGUGCCUCACCAGAGAGCCCCAUCGCUCGCCUCGUUGGCCGGCACCAGAGGAGCUCACGCUGACAGCCCCCACCACCACCAAAAACCAGCGAGAUGGUUGACGCCUCUUGGACCUCCACGAGAAAGCCCUACCCCAUGCCGACCCUGGAGAAUGACGAGAGCUUCACGGGGACACGCCUGCGACACACCACGCAGAGGUACGGCGAGCCGGCGUACAUGGGGCAGUCACAAGAGCCUUGGCAGAGGCUGCACGGCUCCAACACUCUGGCCAGCACCCACCGCCGCAACGCAGGCCAGCACCAUCAGGUUCCAAGAGACAGUCUGGAUUUCGUCCUCCAGUCCUUGUACGAUCACCACUCUGGAUUCCUGCUAGGAAAAAAUGAGACCUUGGUACAGAGGGAAACUGUGAACAGUGUGGAUAGGGGCUGCAGGUGGGCCCUGAAGACCCGCGUCGAAGAGAACCCCGACAGCGGCAAUCCGAGCAGCCUGCCCCUGCGCAGAUUCACCGUCCCCAACAAGGAAACGAUCCAUGCGAUCGCUGGGGCCAUCCAGAGUCACCACUCAGCCGCCACCAACCGCGGAUAUUCGCGCAAGCAGGACGGAGGUUUCUACUGCACCUAGAGCGUGGCUCGCCUGGCCUGCGGGGAACGCAGGUGCCCACCGAGUCUUCCAGACGAAGCCCACCUGCAUUGUGUCAAUCCAAACUCAACGUUCGUCCAAAUUGCACAGGGACGCUCAGUGGAUCGCAUUUCGAAGUGGCGGUGAAAAAAUACCCCAUUCCGACAUUUUUAAAUGUUAAUUUUACUUGGCCCAGGACUUUACUAAAGUAUGAAAAAUAAAAACCGGUUUUACCCUUUCUGGCAAUAAAACAGGUGUUAAGAUGUUCAAACACCAAAUAGAAAAUCUUGAUUUGAAGUUUUUCGUGACUGCAGGAAUCCAUACUCUUUGGUUCUUUCGGUAAAGUCACGUAGGUAUAAAAUAAAAUAGAAACCUUUUGCAAGGAAUCAAGUUUGCAUUAACCACACGUACUUGUGGCGAACAUGUUCUGAUAAUAUAUGCAUUGUCUUUGGUACUAGGAAAAAAAGGUCCCAUGAUAUAGACUUUCCUAUUAAAUACAUGAAUCUCGAUGGGCUCACACCUGAAUUAAGUAAAGGCAAUGUCUUCCAAAGAAAGUUUCUUAAUUGUGCUGCCUUUACAUAUGCAUUUUAACUAACACUGUACGAUUGUUUUAAAGAUUAUAAUUACUAUGAUAAUUAGUGUCAAUCAAUUGAGAAAAUUGGAUGGACAGUUGCUAAACUGAGCUCAAUUGAGGGAAAUUCCAAUCAUGACUUGAACAAUAAGUAAUCACGUUGUCCGUGGAAUGUUGCACAAUGACACCUGGGAUCGCUGUGUUCGGAUGCUGUUCCAAUGCCUGGUCCGCUUCCUUGAUUAAAUAAUGUAUACAGAGGUUACUGUAGCUGUUUACAUUUUACCUUUUCUGUAUUUCUAGAUGUAAUCUCGAAUCAGAGCUGCUUUUGAAACUUAAGCACAGUUUUCAGUACUCUCAAUAUAUGAAUAUAUAUUUGAAUGAAAUACUCUACUUGAUAUCAUUGCCUUAACCUUGCUAGAUUACACUGCAUUUACAAGUAUUAAGAACUAUCGCAGAAAAAUCCAGUAUUACUGGUGUUGUGAGAAAGUGUUUAAUUAUUGGGACUCGAGUGGUCAGCACCACUCUUGCAAGGUGCAUAUUUCAUUGAGUCAACCGAGCUACUAACACAAUUAUAAUCCGAUUAGUGACUGCUGUGGCGUUAUAGAAUUUCUAGCAAGGCGUUUCUUGAAAUCACAAUUUAUGUAUUUCUCAAGACGCUCUUAAUAAAAUACAUUCCAUCACGA